AUGCAUCUUACUCAAAUUGCCUUUCUCUCUGUCCUGCUGGACAUCUGCGCUGGUGUCCCAGUCCAGGAUAGUCCUCGUGAGAGACUUCUGAAAGGUCUUGGAAUCCCAGACAACUACCGAGGUGUGACUGGCGGCAAGAAAGUCCCCUUCACACCCGGCCACAGAGACCCCUACGACUCAGCUGUUGAUUCUGUAGGGGAUGAUCUUGAUCCUCUUCCCUGGCGCAAUGGUCUAGGAGCUUCUGUCCUUGGGCCUUGGAAUGAGGCGCGAUCGCGACAGAGCCCUGAUCUCGUCAGACCUCCCAGCACUGACCAUGGCAAUCUUGCCAAUAUGCGCUGGAGUUUUGCUGACUCCCACAUCCGCAUUGAGGAGGGCGGAUGGACCCGCCAGACCACUGUUCGCGAGCUUCCCACAAGUGUUGAGCUUGCUUCGGUGAACAUGCGUCUUGGUGAAGGCGUUUACCGUGAGCUUCACUGGCACAAGGAGGCCGAGUGGGCUUACGUUCUCGAUGGAGAAGUGCGAGUGACAGCUCUUGAUUACGAGGGCGGAAACUUCAUCGACGACCUCAAGAAGGGAGAUCUCUGGUACUUCCCCAGCGGAGUUCCUCACUCUCUCCAGGGUCUCAGCCCCAACGGAACUGAGUUCCUUCUCAUCUUUGACGACGGACGCUUCUCUGAGGAGUCCACCUUUGUUCUCUCAGACUGGCUUGCACACACACCCAAGUCCGUCAUUGCUAAGAACUUCGAUCUCGAGCCAGAGGUCUUCAAGAACAUCCCCAAGGGAGAAAAGUACAUUUUCCAAGGCCGCAACCCUGGCAAGAUCUCAGACGAGGCCCCCAAGGGCAAAAAGGCUAAGAAGUCAAAAUACAACUUCACCCACCGCAUGCUCGACCAAACCCCUCUCAAGACCAGCGGCGGCGAAGUCCGCAUCACUGAUUCCAAGAACUUCCCCAUCUCCAAGACCGUGGCUGCAGCCCACGCCAUCAUCGAGCCCGGUGCUAUCCGUGAGAUGCACUGGCACCCUUCUGCCGAUGAGUGGUCUUUCUUCAUCAAGGGCCGUGCCAGAGUCACCAUCUUUGCUGCUGAAGGCACUGCUAGAACCUUUGACUACGUCCCCGGUGAUGUUGGCAUUGUUCCCCGCAACAUGGGACACUUUGUUGAGAACAUUGGUGACGAGCCUGUUGAGAUGCUUGAGGUUUUCCGUUCAGAUGAGUUCAGAGAUAUCUCUCUCUUCCAGUGGAUGGGUGAGACACCUAAGAAGCAGGUCAUUGACACCCUGUUUGCCAACGACCCCAAGAACGCUGAGAAGUUCUGGGAUAAGAUCAAGGAUGCUGAUAACGAGGUGAUUACCAAGCCUGACUUUUACAAGCACCGUGAAGAUGAGACUGCCGGCGAAUUGUAA